AUGACUACGCUUAUCCGGAGAGUUGGCAACCUUGAAGACCCAGUACCGGUGUUAAAUAAGCGACCAACAAUCCUCAGCAUAACUAUCGUUUUUCUUGUAGCCGCCUGGAUUUGCGGAGCUUUGCGACUUUACGUCCGCUUCCUCAUCACAAGUUCUCCAGGAUGGGAUGAUUUGUUUGUUAUUCUGGUUCUGAUAUUCAGCUCCUUCUUGUCAACUGCCACAAUAAUAGCCACAAACUACGGUCUCGGGCAUCACUUUUUUCAGUUGGGUGCUGCUGGUAUGAAGAAUUUUAUUAUGAGCUUUUAUUUUUGCAAUGCGGCUUACGCUAUAGUUACAACUCUUAUCAAACUAGCUCUGUUAUUCCAAUAUCUCCGCAUUUAUCGACGCGGCACGAAAACACGGCUUGUAAUUAUCCUCACUAUUAUGCUGACUAUUGUCUGGGGCACAGCGUACACCUUCCUCGCAUGGGUGCCCUGUAUCCCUGUAUCAGCUUAUUGGGAUCUCGAUUACUAUACAGCCACUCGAUGGGGUUUCGGCUCGCGAGACCUCAUUGUUAUGGCACAUACCUUCGAAAGCCAUGUCGCCACGAAUGCCAUCCUGGAUGUAACUGUCUUCUUGAUACCUAUUGAUUUAUUCUUGAGGCGAGGCCUAGAGGCUAAAUCUCGAUUGAGUGUUCUUUGUCUGCUCUUCCUGGGACUUUCAGUCAACGUCGUGAGCCUUUUCCGCCUCAUCAGUUUGGUUCAGUCCAAAGCGGGGACAUAUCCUACAUUUGAUCCAAGCUGGUUUGCUUGCGUGCCUAUUGUCCUUGCUACUGUUGAGGUAGACUUGGCUACAAUAUGCGCCUCUUUGCCAGUUUUCUGGCCCGUCUUGGAAGUCAGACUCAAAACCAUCCUCAUCACAAGGGAGUUUGAAGUUUUGACCGACACCCGACAAUCGAACAACGAGUCGAUAGAGUCGCAGACAUUCAAUCUUUCCUUCCACGAGCUAAACCGGACUGACAGUACAAACACCCGUGCGACUCUGAACAAUCAGGUACUCGGAUGGACAGUGUCCACAACAAACACACUUAUAACAGGAGGAAAGAUGAAUGCACAAACAGGGCAAAAAGUUGCGCAUGUCUGA